UGCGUCGGGUUAACAGGGCAAGUUAUACGAGCGUCAUCAACGCGAGCGAGCCCGCGUUAUCCCAGCGUUGAGCGUUACUAGCGCAACCUGUCGCUCUAUAGCGCAACCUGCCGCGCUAGCAACGCGGCGUUGGCAACGCUGGCAACACAGCAUUGUUGGCGCGCACUUGACGCGCAGUGGUAGUCUGUGGUUCUUUAUGUCCUGUGUUUCUCUACUCUGUGUUUCAUUACUACUAUCCGUUCGCUAUGUUUGAUACUGAAAAGUUUAUCUACCUCAUUGAGAAGCUGCCGCCCUUGUACGAUGUCAAAUCGAGUGACUACAGUAAUAGACAAUUGAAGGCUAAGUGCUGGAGUGAAGUUGGGAAGGUUAUGUAUGAGACCUGGCAUGAAAUGACUCCCACACAAAAGUACAAUAAAGGUAAAGAACUAAUGAAAAAAUGGAAAACGCUUCGAGACAAUUUUGUAAGAGAUUUUCGACUUAUUAAAAAAAAUGAAACAGGUGUGCCUGUGAACAAGAAGAAGAAAUAUGUCUAUUUCGACCAAUUGUCUUUUUUAAUUCCACACAUAAAAGGAUGCGAGAGCACAGUUUCCAACAUCUCUCCACCAGAUGAGCAGGGAAGUGUACCAGAUGAACAACCCGCUACAACGGAACCGGAGAACGGAUCUACACAACCUCUCCCUCAUGUCCCUGGAACAUCGUCUGGUUCUAAGGAGCGAGAACGCAUCCAGGAUAGAGCCAGAAAAAGGAAGAGACCUGCUGUAGGUACCGCAUUAGCUUCGGCGACUAACAACAUCAUGCAAGAAAGUAUUCAACUUCAAAAGGCUGGUUUGGAACGGCAAGACCUUGACAAGUUCGGGAACAAAGCUUUCAUGCUGUCCUUUGUGCCAACGAUGGACAAUUUUCCACAACUCUUGGCGUUCGAUGUGAGAAUGCAAAUAACCGAAGUAUUUAGAAAUGCUUUGGAAAAUGCAUCAUAUACGUACUUACCCUACCAACAACAACAAGGUCCUCGUCCAAACUCUGCAGCAUCUUCUCCCUCUACUUGGGAAUCAUUGGGUCAACAGCAAUCUAAUGAUCCUGGACAUGAUCGUGAGACACCACUGCCUGGAUAUAACUAUGGGGACGAAGAUGAUGAGGAUAACUUAAGUUAGCAAGGUCAACAAAAUUGUGAUUUUCUUGAUUGGGGAGCAAUUUUUUGGGGAUUUUCCUGUAUUCUCCCAUAUUGUUGUAAAUAAAUAAGUUUUCAUUAGUUACAGGAGUCGAUUAAA